AAUAGAAAAGAAAUAUUGUAGGGGAGGAGUGAUCUAUCUACUAGCAUAAGAAUCAGAUAUGACCGGGGAAGGUUGUAUUCUUAUUGGUGAAUGAUCACCAUACAUUCUCAUUCUCUCAAUCACACACACGCCCAAUUAUGUCUUCCGUCUUAGAGCACUUGUUGGAUGUGGAGGAGCAGCAGCAACCAAAAAUCCAGAUAAAAAAUCUGAGAAAAGAAUCGGAUGAUGGGAAGCUUCAAAUACUGAAAGGCAUCACCGUUGACAUCCCAAAAGGUAUGGUUGUUGGAAUCAUAGGUCCUAGUGGUAGCGGCAAGUCAACCCUCUUAAGGGCCAUGAAUCGCCUCUGGGAGCCACCUUCCUCCUCCGUCUUCCUCGAUGGCGUAGACAUAUGUAACCUUGACGUUCUUUCCCUCCGCCGUAAGGUCGCCAUGCUCUUUCAGCUCCCUGCUCUCUUUGAAGGUACAGUUGCGGACAACGUGAGAUAUGGACCACAACUGAGGGGAAUAAAGCUAACGGACGAUGAGGUGGGGAAGUUGCUGUUAAUGGCGGAUCUAGAUGCUUCUACUUUUAAGGAUAAGUCAGGUGCUGAACUCUCUGUGGGUCAAGCUCAAAGAGUUGCACUUGCCAGGACUCUAGCUAACUCACCCGAGGUUUUGCUGUUGGAUGAGCCUACUAGUGCAUUAGAUCCAAUAUCCACAGAAAAUAUUGAAGGUGCCCUCAUGAAGUUGAACAAGAAUCAGGGCAUGACACUCAUCAUGGUUUCUCAUAGCAUCAAACAAAUACAGAGGAUGGCUGAUGUAGUGUGCUUGGUUGUUGAUGGUGAAAUUGUUGAAGUUCUUAAGCCUAAUCAACUCUCUCAAGCUAACCAUCCCAUGGCAAGGAGGUUUCUUGAACUCAGUUCUUAAUCUUCCCUUCACUUUCACUUUCACUUUCACUUGUUGGGUAAAUCCCAUAUGUUCUACUUAUUACUGUUUAUCAGUCACAUAUAUUGAGCCGCCUCUCAUAAUUAUCACUCAUUUUAUUUAGGGUCAUAUCAAGAACCUUAAAAAGAAAUUUUAAAAUAAAAAUAACACUUUUAAACUUUUUAGAAGUUGACAACAAAAAUUUCAAUGUAAUACUUUUUAGAGUGAUGAUACAUGUACCACCCAUGUGGCAACACACCCUUUACACCCACACAAAAUUCUGACACGUGGCAAUCUGGAGCCCACACAAAUAGAAGAUAAAUUGUGGUUGUGAGAUGAACUUACAAAAAUAUCCCUAAUACAUAGGGUGUAGAAUGGGGUGUAGGAAUAAAGGGUGUUCACGUAACAUUUUCUUACUUUUUAUAUUUAAUUUUUUAACCGGUGCUCCGGAGACA